UUGUUUUCCAAUUAAAGAUUUCAACAACCAUGCCUGAAACUCAAAAAAGAAGGUUAACUUUGCUUUGUUUUCCCAAAUCUGACCACAUGUCCUGACAAUGAAUGAUUCAAACUGACAAAGCUUUAUUAAACUACUCUGUUUAUGGGGAAUUGAACCAGCAACCUACUGUUUUUCUAUCAAAAGUUUCAAGCCGCUUGCAUAAAUCUCAGAAAUAAACUCACACUAGAUAUUUUCAGAUCAGAGCUACUAAUUCUAUUGAAAUCGGACCCAAUGUCUAGUCCAUAAAUUAUUCACAUCUACUGUACUUCACAAUGCUUUAUCCAAAAUUGCUUCAUUUUGGGAAAUGAACCAUCAACCUACUGUUUGUUUUCCAAUUAAAGGUUUCAACCACCAAGCCUGAAACUAAAAAAUAAGUUAAACUUAGAUUUUUUCCAAAUCUGACCCGAUCUCCUGACAAUGAAUGAUUUAAACUGACAAUGCUUUAUUAACCUACACGGAUUAUGGGGAAUUGAACCAGCAACCUACUGUUUUUCAAUCAAAAGUUUCGACCAUCAGACAUAAAUCUCAAAAAUAAGCUCAACAUAGAUAUAUAAGCUGCUAAUAACAUUUGAAAUCUGACCCAAUGUCUAGUCCAUAAAUUAUUCACAUCUACUGUACUUCACAAUGCUUCAUCUAAAAUCACUUCAUUUUGGGAAAGGAACCAACAACCUACUGUUUGAUUUCCAUUUAAAGGUUUCAACCAUCACACCUGAAACUCAAAAAAUAUAUUAUUUUCCAAACGUGACCCGAUGUCCUGACAAUGAAUGAUUCAAACCUACCAUGCUUUAUUUAGAAUAAACAAUUCAUGGAUCCACCCAGCCCAUGAAUGAUUUACACAUCUACUUUACCCUAAAUAAUAUUAGGAAUUAAACCAAUAACCUACUGUUUCAACCCCCAACAUAUUGUUGUUAAGCUCAAACUAGAUAUUUCCAAAUCAGAGCUACUAAUUCCAUUGAAAUAUGACCCAAUGUCCAGUCCAUGAAUGAUUCACACCUACUUCAAGUGAUAAAUAGCAGCCUGCAAUGCUCAGUUUGCAUUGGUGAGCCUCAGUGGACAAAUACUUCUGACUGAAACAUUUACUUCACGUUGUUUUGUUAUUUUACUCAAAAAUGGCUUUUCAACUCUUUGGUUAUAUUUUGACCAUUGCUGGAUUAUGUGGCCUGCUCAUAGGCACAUUUACGAACGAAUGGAAAAUCAGCGGACACAACAAUGACCAGUCUGUGAUUCUGGUGAAAUAUGAAGGACUGUGGAUGCAGUGUUCAGUCGACAGUUCGUCUCAUGUUCGGUGCACCAAUUUUAAUUCUCUCCUUCAUCAAACUUUUGAAAUCCGGAUGAGUCGAGUAAUCAUGAUCGUCAGCAUCGUGUUGUCAAGCUUUGCUGUUCUGGUAGCCGUUUCUGGACUCAGAUGCACAAAAUUUUUAGACGACAAUGAGACGUUGAAGGACAGAACUGCUUUCUUUGGAGGAAUCCUCUCAGUGUGUGGUGGUCUGUUUGCUUUGGGAAUAACCAGCUGGUUCACUUAUUUAAUUGUCGAUGAUUUCUAUCAGAAGGACGAGGGCAAGGAUAAGUAUGUUAUCGGCAAAUCUCUGAUUGGUGCAUUUGUCGCAUCUUUGCUCUGUUUAUUCGGAGGUGUGUUUUUAUGCGUCUGCAGCGUGAAGAAUCUGAGAUCCAGCAAUAAGCUCAGCCAGCAUCUGGUCUCCAAAAAUCCUGAAAAAGACUACGUUUAAUGCUCCUGAGAUGAUCUGAAUGACUAAACCUCAAUUUGAACAUCACACACUUGUUAGGGAUAAUAAAUGUAUAUGAAUUGUAAUACAGAUAAGUAUAAAUGUAUAAUGCAUUGUGCUGAUAUGACCUAAUGUCCUGAUGGUUUUUAUGUGUGUGUGGUUUAUAUGGACUUUUAUAUUUAAACUG